UAAAAUAAAAUGUUAAGAGAAAAAAUAAAAGGAGGGGGGGGGGGUGGGUGGGGGGUGUUUCGUUGCAGAAUUGGGAGAUCGCUGGUGUGGUGUCGGCAUCGUCGUGUCCCGGCGAGCUGAAUUCCCCCCAAACCGAUUCAUCGGACUGCUGAGCGAUAGGAAGAGCCCUAGGUUUUCAAUUCUUUUGCCUGCUCACUGUUCAGAUGUUGAUUUCCGGCAUAAUGUCGAGCAAAAAUUGGGUUUUAUUGGUUACUGCCUUUGUGCACAGCGAUAUUGGGAUGAAUUUUGCUGAUAGGAAAAAGCGGUAGAUAUUGAUGCAUCGUGGGGAAGAGGUGGUGCCAGAAUUGAUUGAUGAGCAACUGAAUUCAACAAAGUAGCGAAAGCAGGACAGCAAUCUGCGGGUGUUUGGGAUCCAUGUUCCACUAGUGAGGUUAACUCAAUCGUAGCAUUUCAACUUGAAGAAAAAUUACCGCCCGGCAACAAGACAACGGCCAUUUUUAGUUUUGCAUCAUGGGUUCUACCAACGGGUUGACGAGCAUCCGAGGAAAGCAGCCUCUCUUCUCCUUUGGGGUCAUUUCCGACGUCCAGUAUGCUGAUAUUCCCGAUGGUAGGUCUUUUCUCGGUGUGCCGAGGUACUAUAGGCACAGCAUUCUCGUACUGCAGAGGGCAGUGAAGCAGUGGAAUGACCUCAACAAGCUUAGAUUUGCAAUUAACUUAGGGGACAUCGUUGACGGGUUUUGCCCCAAGGACCAAUCCCUAGAUUCUGUGAAGAAAAUGGUAGCGGAGUUCGAGAAAUUUAAUGGCCCUGUGUAUCACAUGAUCGGGAAUCACUGCCUCUACAAUCUUCCACGGAGCAAGCUGCUUCCCUUGCUGAAGAUCCCGAGCAAUGAAGGAUGUGCUUACUAUGAUUUCUCGCCCUCACCAGAGUACAGAUUCGUGGUAUUGGAUGGUUACGAUGUUAGUGCCAUUGGAUGGCCCCAUGAUCACCCGAAGACCCUACAAGCCCAGCAAUUCCUUCAGGAGAAAAACCCGAACACUGACAAGAACAGCCCAAAUGGGCUAGACGGACUCGAGAGGAGAUUCCUCAUGUUCAAUGGAGCAGUGGGGAAAGAACAGCUAGAGUGGUUAGCCCACAUCCUUCAAGACGCUACGAGGUUGAAACAGAAAACCGUAGUCUGCUGCCACCUACCUUUAGAUCCUGGGGCUUCGACUGAAGAAGCGCUUCUGUGGAACUUUGAUGAAGUGAUGGAAGUAAUACACAGAUAUGACUGUGUGAAGGUAUGCCUUGCAGGGCAUGAUCACAAGGGUGGGCACUCGGUUGACUCCCACGGGAUACAUCAUCGGGUUUUUGAGGCUGCGCUCGAGUGUCCACCUGGGACUGACGCGUUUGGGUACAUAGAUGUGUACGACGAUAGGUUGUCCCUUGUUGGAACAGAUAAAAUGCAGAGCUGCGAGAUGUGUUUUACUCCUACUAUGGAUAACGGGUUUGGAGAUACUGCUGCUAGGUACUGAUUGUAUUCAAUCAUUCUGACGAUAUAGUCAGAUUGUAAAGUGUAAUUCUCGGUUACUAUUCAUUCCCAGGGAGCCCAUCCUUUAGUCGGGUUUUGAUGUCGGUAAGCAACGAGGAUUCCCUUGUAAAUGCAUGCUGUCAAGUUGCUUCUAAUAACGCAGAUGUUUUGCUGUUGUCUGCUAUCAUUUCAUUA